UGUUUGAACAGGAAGGCGGACAUGUUGGCCAGGCUGUGGGAGAAAACCAGGCUCCGUCUGCGAUUGUUUUCCGAAAGCUGAAGCCCACGUCGAAGAGCCCCGAGCCGUACGCGCCCAGACCGGCAUUCGCAGCGGCAGCGGAGCGGGCGGACCGUCCACGGUGGAUGACAGCGGCCGGGACGCAGCGGGUGGACCGCCGUUUGACGCUGCACACACUCCGCGGUUAGACGCACCGAAAUUUGGAAGAAGCAGAAGUUUUUUCCCCCCUCCUCGUCACUUCUACUUUUUUUCCUCGAGCUGUCAGAUUCAUUUUGUCGUCCUGCGGGCACGGACAUGGGAGCGGGCCUGGACUAGCGACCCGGCCACGAUCCUCGCUUUUAGAACCGAGCCGUUUGCGUUUUAACUUGCCUUUUGUUCGGAUGCAGACACAUUUUUAAGCCCUGAUCCUCAGCGGCAUCCCACGGAGGCUCUCUUAAUCUGUCCGCCGCGUUUAUCUCUGCCCCGCAAGUUGUUCUCCUCUCUCGCACGGGUUGAAAAGACCCCUGAAAAUGCGGCUGUGCUGCGUUGGCUGCAGUUUGAACCCCUCCUUGGCCUGCGAGAGCUCCGGGAGAAAGAUGAAUUUAGUUUGAAGAGGUGGAAAGUUCUGAAGAAGAAAAGACCAUUAGGCUAGCUGGCUAGCUAGCUAGCUGUCUAGCGGCUAUCGGCUAGCUAGCUGUUUUUGUUCAUAAAAACAACACCAAGACUGAGUUUGACAGCCAAAAAUGACCGCCAGGGAAAGUAUGGAGGCUCGAUUUGAAAAAAUCGAUGCCAUGCUGAAGGAUCCGAAGUCGGAAAUAAACACGGAUUGUCUCCUGGACGGCUUGGAUGCGCUGGUGUACGACCUUGACUUCCCUGCCCUGAGGAAAAACAAGAGCAUUGAUAACUUUCUGAGCAGAUAUAAAGAAACAAUCAGCAAAAUUCGCGAUCUGCGGAUGAAAGCGGAGGACUAUGAGGUGGUCAAAGUCAUCGGGAGGGGCGCGUUCGGAGAGGUGCAGCUGGUGCGACACAAAGCCACAUGCAAAGUAUACGCCAUGAAGCUGCUGAGCAAGUUCGAGAUGAUCAAGAGGUCGGACUCGGCUUUCUUCUGGGAGGAGAGGGACAUCAUGGCGUUUGCCAACAGCUCGUGGGUGGUGCAGCUCUUUUUCGCUUUCCAAGACGACCGCUACCUCUACAUGGUGAUGGAGUACAUGCCCGGCGGCGACUUGGUCAACCUGAUGAGCAACUACGACGUCCCAGAGAAGUGGGCGCGGUUUUACACAGCGGAGGUGGUGCUGGCUCUGGACGGGAUCCACUCCAUGGGAUUCAUUCACAGGGACGUGAAGCCUGAUAACAUGUUGCUGGACAAAGCAGGGCACCUCAAGCUGGCAGAUUUUGGGACGUGCAUGAAGAUGAAUAAGGACGGCAUGGUACGAUGCGACACGGCUGUAGGGACUCCGGACUACAUUUCGCCCGAGGUACUGAAAUCUCAAGGAGGAGACGGAUAUUACGGCAGAGAGUGCGACUGGUGGUCGGUGGGAGUGUUCCUGUACGAAAUGCUCGUCGGCGACACUCCUUUCUAUGCGGACUCUCUGGUGGGGACCUACAGCAAAAUCAUGAAUCACAAGAACGCCCUGACGUUCCCCGAUGACAGCGACAUCUCCAACGACGCCAAGAACCUCAUCUGCGCUUUCCUGACGGACAGGGAAGUUCGACUGGGCCGUAACGGUGUGGAUGAAAUCAAGAGGCAUCCCUUCUUCAAGAACGACCAGUGGACCUGGGAGAACAUCAGAGAGACGGCUGCCCCCGUCGUGCCCGAGCUGAGCAGCGACAUCGACACCAGCAACUUCGACGACAUCGAAGAAGACCGGGGCGAGGAGGAGACCUUCCCCAUCCCCAAGGCCUUUGUGGGAAACCAGCUUCCCUUCGUGGGCUUCACCUACUACAGCAACCAGCACCUCUUGCGCGGCUCCUCCUCCACGAAGAGCAGCGACAAGCGCAGCAGCUCCACAAAAGAAGACAAGAGUCACCUGGAGAACAUGCAGAAGCGGAUCUACCAGCUGGAGGAGCAGCUCCACAGCGAGAUGCAGCUGAAGGACGAGUUGGAACAGAAAUGCAGGACGUCCAACACCAAAAUCGAAAAGAUCAUGAAAGAACUGGACGAAGAGGCAAACCUACGGAAGAGCGCCGAGGGCAGCAUGUCUCUGCUGGAGAAAGACAAGAUCAUGCUGCAGCACAGAUUCACCGAGUACCAAAGAAAAGCCGACCAGGAGGCGGAGAAGAGGCGCAACCUGGAGAACGAGGUGUCAACUUUGAAGGAGCAGCUUGAAGACAUGAAGAAAAUCAGCCAGAAUUCACAAGCUUCCAACGAUAAGAUCGCCCAGCUGCAGAGUCAGCUGGAGGAGGCCAACGACCUGCUGCGGGCCGAGUCGGACACGGCCGCCCGGCUGCGCAAAAGCCACACGGAGAUGUCCAAGUCCAUGAGCCAGCUGGAGAGCCUGAACCGCGAGCUGCAGGAGAGGAGCCGGGCGGCGGACGGGGAGAAGGCGCAGCUGGAGAAGGAGCUGGUGCACCUGCAGAGCAGCCUGGACUCGGAGCGCCGGAACUACAGCCAGGGCUCCGAGGAGAUGCGGGAGCUGCAGGCGAGAAUGGCCGGGCUGCAAGAGGACAACAAGAACUUGAAGCUCGGCCUCUCCAAGGUGGAAACAGAGCGGAAGCAGUCGCAGGAGAGGAGCAACCACCUGGAGAAGGAGAAGAACAACCUGGAGAUCGACCUGAACUACAAGCUGAAGACGCUGCAGCAGCGUCUGGAGCAGGAGCAGACCGAGCACCGAGUGACGCGGGCGCAGCUCACCGACAAAUACGAGUCCAUCGAGGAAGCCAAGUCGGCUGCCAUGACUGCGGUCCAGCAGAAGAUGUCGGAGGAGAACGGCGCGCGGAUGAGAGCGGAGAGCCGGGUGGUGGAGGUGGAGAAGCAGUGCUCCAUGUUGGAGUUCGACCUCAAGCAGUCGGUGCAGAAGAUGGAGCAGCUGAUGAAGCAGAAGGAGCGUCUGGAGGACGAGGUGAAGAGUCUGCGGAUACAGAUGGAGCAGGAGCUGAGCAAGCGCCUCCUGGCCCAGAACGACCUGAAGAGCCGCACGCAGGACGUGGACCGCCUCAGGUGUUCGGAGAAGCAGCUCAAGCAGGAGAUCAACACGGCGCUGGAGAGCAAGCGCUCGCUGGAGUUCCAAUUAGCACAACUGACCAAACAAUACAGAGGCAAUGAGGGACAGAUGAGGGAACUUCAAGACCAGCUUGAGGCCGAACAGUAUUUUUCUACGCUUUACAAAACUCAGGUCAAGGAACUAAAAGAGGAGAUCGAGGAAAAGAACCGGCAGCUCCAAGAAGCUCAUAAAAAGGUGCAGGACUUGUGCAGUGAAAGGGACUCGCUGUCUGCCCAGCUGGAUCUCACUGUAACCAAGGCUGAGUCGGAGCAGCUCGCCCGGGCGCUCCAGGAGGAGCAGUACUUUGAGCUCAGCCAGGAGAACAAGAAGGCGUUGACCAGGCACAAGCAGGAGAUGGGAGAGAAGGAGGCUAUUAUUGCACGACUCGAGGAAUCCAAUAAAACUCUGACCAAAGACGUGGAGACCCUCAGCAAAGAGCACAGCGAGUUAAACGAGAAGCUCCAGACUCAGGAGGAAGAGUACGCAGCUCAGAAAGAGGAGAUCACGAAUACAAUCAAGGCCAACUACGAGAAGGUCCUCAACACAGAGCGCACGUUAAAGACCCAGGCGGUGAACAAGCUGGCCGAGAUCAUGAAUCGCAAAGACAUGAAGCUGGACCAGAAGAAGAAGGGCAGCACGGCCGACCUGCGCAAGAAGGAGAAGGAGAACCGCAAACUGCAGCUGGAGCUCAACCAGGAGAAGGACAAGUUCAACCACAUGGCCAUCAAGUACCAGAACCAGCUGAGCGAGAUGCAGGCGCAACUGGCCGAGGAGUCCACGUACCGCAACGAGCUGCAGAUGCAGCUGGACAGCAAGGAGAGCGACAUCGAGCAGCUGCGGGAGAAGCUCAACGACCUGCAGCAGCGCAUGGACAACUCCAGCCUGACCAGCCUGCAGACGGACGAGACGGACAGCAACAUCGCCGAGUCUCGACUGGAGGGAUGGCUGUCGAUUCCUAACCGUGCCAACAUCAAGAGAUAUGGCUGGAAGAAGCAGUACGUGGUGGUGAGCAGCAAGAAGAUCCUCUUCUACAACGACGAGCAGGACAAGGAGCAAUCAAACCCGUCAAUGGUACUAGAUAUCGAUAAACUGUUCCACGUGAGACCAGUCACGCAGGGAGACGUGUACCGAGCCGAGACGGAGGAGAUUCCCCGGAUAUUCCAGAUCCUGUAUGCCAACGAGGGCGAGUGCCGGAAGGAGGCGGACAUGGAGAGCGUCCCGCAGGGCGACAAGACCAACUGCCUCCCGCACAAAGGCCACGAGUUCAUCCCCACGCUCUACCACUUCCCCUCCAACUGCGAGGCCUGCUCCAAGCCGCUGUGGCACGUCUUCAAGCCGCCGCCGGCCCUGGAGUGCCGCCGCUGCCACUUCAAGUGCCACAAGGACCACCUCGACAAGAAGGAGGAAUUCAUCGCUCCUUGCAAAGUAAACUACGACGUGACCUCUGCCCGCGACAUGCUGCUGCUGGCCCUCACCCAGGACGAGCAGAAGAAGUGGAUCGGACACCUGGGGAAGAAGAUCCCCAAGACCCCGCCGUCGACGUUCUCCAGAGCCUCGCCUCGCUCCAUGUCCACCCGCUCCGGCCCCAACCAGUCCUUCCGGAAAAACCCCAAAAGCAACACGGGGAAGCUGAGCGUUAGAAUCAGAACAUGAUCCGGGUCAGGGGCCCCGCUGUGGCGCUGUGGUGCAGUGUAGUGUGGUCCAGGCGCCGUCACGUGACCUGCUGUCUGUCUCCUGUCUCAUUGUUGUUGUAGCCGAGCGCAGUCCAGCCUCCAGGCAGCAGACACAACAUCCAGCACUUGUUGACAGGAACGUCUUCAGCCUUUUUCUCUCCCCCGUCUAUUUAUUAACGUGUCGCCGGGUGUUUCUAACUCAGAGACGUUUCCUGUCGGCUUGGUCGUUGGUUGGUUGGUUCUUGGUUUCUUCUCUCCAACUGGGUUGUUGUUGUGUUUUUUUUUUUUUUUUUCCCUCCCUCCUAAUCGGCACUAAUUAGUUGUGACUAAUAUAAAAACAUCACGUUGAGGUUUUUGUUUCCUCCCCCACGGAGCGGUGCAGCCGCUCUGCUGCGUCACUAACCAGGUAAAGACGUCUCUUUUCACUGGACUCUGUCUUCUGCUCUGUCUUUCAGCUAACCAUCUCAACCAAUGGGGAUUUUUUUUUUUUUUUUUUUUGUAUUCUUUCCUCUUCCUCAACCCCAAAAACAAACAAAAAAAAAAAAAUUAAAAAAUGGAAAGCCUGUAUCGCAAAAGUUCCUAAAAGAUGUGUACAUUCGACCAGCUGGGCGAUCACAGGCGUCACGGACAUUCGUGAUAUAUAAAGAAAAACAAAAAGCAUGACGUUCCCUCAUCUCGCCCCGCCGCCGUGCGCCCGGCGGACUCGCAGCUCUCCAUUCGCACCCCAGGGCAGCCAGCGGAGGAAGAGGAGGGCCCGGUGAAGGGGCGAGGGGGGUGAAAGUGGACUCAGCCCGAUGCCUUGGUGUCAUAUCCUCCGGCCUGUUUGCCUUCGUUCUUCUCACUCUGCGGGUCACUUAUCAGGUUUUGGGAUGAAAGUAUUACCGCGUUGUUGUUUUGUUUUUUUCUCUUGAGUAUCGAGCGAGGAGCAUGCAAGAUCAUCAUUCAAAUCUAUGCAUUAUUUUUAUUCUAAUUAUUUUUAUUGCUCCAAGCCAUAAGGAGAAAGAUUCCAUUGUAAUGGCAUAUAGGAGUUCUAAUGGAUCUUUUUUUUCUUCUGUUUAUUUGGUACAUUGUCUCUGUAUUGUAUUGUUUUUUGUUUUUUUGUUUUUUUUUUUUGUAAUGUAUUGCCUUACAUUGAUUCAUAGAGAAAUGGUUCAAAAAAGGAAAACAUUAAGUUAACAAUUGUAAAACUGCACUGUUUGACUUGACUGUAAAUUAUUUGUUAGAAGACUAAACAGGUGUAGCAUUUGGCCCACCUAGUGCCUUAACGUUUGGAUUUUGAUUUUACUGCCAUAUCUGCUUCUUCUUCUCUUUUUCCUUCCAAAAAAACCAGACAAAUCUUAACUCUUCCAUUUGUUUUUGUUUUUGUUUUUUUUUAAAGAAAAUCACCACCUGUUGUGGUUUUAUCUGAACUUUUCUUCUCUGGUUUGAGUAUAUAAAAUAUAUAUUAGAUUACCUCUUUACGGACACAUUGCAAUGGAGAGUGUGUCGAAAUGAAAGUGGCCCCCUCCCUCCUCCCUCCCCCGAACACUUUGCUUCAUAUCGUAUUGUCCCGUUAAAGCAAAGCCCUCCUCACAGUGUACAUAAAGAGAGAGACACGAGGAUUAUGGAUUACCUCCACAGUCUUUUUUUUUUUUUUUUUUUUAUCAUUAUUUGUGACUUUUGUUUUUUUGUUCGGUUAAAAACAAAAAGAAAAAAAAGCACUGGAACUACGAUCUACUCUUGUCUUGGAUAAUUUGCAUGGUAAAAACUGCAUUGGAGUCCGCACUGAUGGAUAUGUCAAUAAACAUAUCUUUAUCGUUCAUCCUA